UGAAGUAAUUCGGUGUCCUAUGUACAUAUAGAGAGAGAGGCUUUAAAGCUGUCUUUAAAUUGGAUGAGCAUGGUUUGUCUCCUAAUUAUGCUGUUGGUGGUGUUACAAAUGGCUUGAUUUAGAGGUCAUCGAUAAGGACAAACUCGUAGGCGUCGUGUAUUCCCUUAUUUUGGAGCCACAAAGGCAAAUAAAUCUUCUCUCAUUUGAGCUUCGUAGGAAGAUAAAGAAUCAAGGGUUUGCUAGCAAGUGGGAAAACCUCGCUCCAAUCAAUGGCUGCACCGCCAAAUUGCAGGCUCCAAACCAUGUUGCGAGCUGCGGUGCAAUCUGUUCAGUGGACUUACAGCCUCUUCUGGCAACUCUGUCCACAACAAGGGAUAUUGACGUGGGGUGAUGGAUACUACAACGGAGCAAUCAAGACAAGGAAGACGGUUCAAGCAAUGGAGGUUAGCACUGAAGAAGCGUCUCUGCAAAGAAGUGAACAACUAAGAGAGUUAUACGAAUCUUUGUCUGGUGGGGAGACAAACACUCAAACUAGAAGACCAUGUGCUGCGUUGUCGCCUGAGGAUCUAACGGAAUCUGAAUGGUUCUAUUUGUUGUGUGUUUCAUUCUCCUUUCAUCCAGGUGUCGGGUUGCCCGGAACGGCAUAUGCGAGGAGACAGCAUUUAUGGCUCAGUGGUGCAAACGAAGUAGACAGCAAAACAUUUUCAAGAGCUAUUCUUGCCAAGAGUGCUAAUAUACAGACAGUGGUGUGCAUUCCUGUGUUGGAGGGCGUGGUUGAGUUGGGCACAACGGAUAAGGUGGAAGAAGACCUCAAUUUCAUCCAACACAUAAAGAGCUUCUUCGUAGAGCAGGCUUCCAUGCCGAAUAAGCCUGCAUUAUCAGAGCACUCCACUUCCAAUCCCACAUCAUCGUACCCUGCCACUGUGGCAGCGAAUAUUCCCAACGAAAAGGGAGAAGGUAAAAUGAAUGCGGAAGCAGAAGCAGAAGCAGAAGCAGAAGCAGUUCGUAACGGUGGUUUCAUACCGAGCGAGUUGAUGGAGUUGGACCCGUUUGUGGAAUUCAGCGUUGGAUCACCUGGAGAUGGCUCCAACCACUUGGAUUCUUUAGAGCACCUUCAACUUCAACUACCACCACCUUCAGCACAUCCUGCUCCCUCAGAAAACCUAGCGCAAGGUGACACAGACACUCACUAUUCUCAAACAGUGUCCAGCAUCCUUCAAAAGAACUCCGGGUGGUGGCCAGACUCGCCCUCCGUCAGCCACCUCACCGACUCCUUCCAAUCAGCUUUCAACAAGUGGGGCUCUGGAGUUGACGACUAUCACCGCCACUUUCAAGUGGCGGUGGCCGACGUCACCUCCCAAUGGCUCCUCAAGUACAUUCUCUUCAGUGUCCCUUACUUGCACGCCAACCGGCACAAGGGGAAGGUGGCGGCGACACCCUACGAGACCAGCCACGUGAUGGCGGAACGCCGCCGUCGGGAGAAGUUGAAUGAGAGGUUUCUCAUUCUGCGGUCGAUGGUGCCUUUUGUAACCAGAAUGGACAAGGCGUCCAUUCUGGGUGACACCAUCGAGUACAUUAAACAGCUGCGGGAGAAGAUUGAGAGCCUGGAGGCACGUGAGGGGCACGCGAGGAAGAGGAGGGUGAGGGAGGUGGAGGUUUCGAUCAUAGAGAGUGAGGCAUUGUUGGAGGUGGAGUGUGUGCACAGGGAAGGAUUGUUGCUGGAUUUGAUGACACUGUUGAGGGAGUUAGGGGUGGAAGUGAUAAUGGUGCAGUCUUGGGUUAAGGAUGAUGGGUUUUUUGUGGCGGAAAUGAGGGCAAAGGUGAGGGAAAGUAGUAACGGGAAAAAAGCUAGCAUUGUGGAAGUGAAGAAGGCUCUUAACCAGGUUAUACCUCAUCAUGAACCAUACGCACUUGUUUCCAAUGAGCCAUACACACUUGUUUGCAGUGAUCAUUUUUAAAAGCAACAUAUAUAAAUGUGCGUUGGACUUGGGAUGCAUGCAUGCAUUGGCACGAGGAUGAAUUGAACAGUGUAUGUGUGUGUUAAUAUCGAAUAAGUUUGUGUAGAAAUUUAAUUCAUUUUAUGUUUGGUGUACUAAGUACAUUAGAUCAUGUAAAAUAUCAUGGACUUGCAUGGAGGGGAUCGAGUGCCAUACUCGUGGUUGUCAUCUUUUAGUUGGCCCCUGCAUGUAAUAUAUUUUCACACUUCUAGGCUAAUAAUGUUGUGAUAGAAUGAUCGUGUAAGGAAAUUGUUACCGUGAACAUUGAUUAUGUGCGAUAUUUUGUUGUAUUGAAUAUUGGAUGCGUGAAUUCUUAUCUA